AUGAGAGAUCCCAUCCAGAUCCCACAUGAGUAUUAUGAGCAAGGUGACUUCAUCAUUGCUGGUAUCUUUUCUCAGUUCUUCUCCUUUUUUAACACCAUGACCUUUGAUCAACACCCCAAUGAAAUGUUUGUUGAAGAAUCUAUUGUAGUGAUUAAAAACUACCAGCAUAUCCUGACCUUCAUCUUUGCAGUGAAGGAGAUCAAUGAGAAUCCCACAAUCUUACCAAAUGUUACAUUGGGAUUCCACAUCUAUGACAGCUACUUCAAUGAAAGGUUGACUUAUCAGAACACUCUGAACCUUCUAUUUAGCCUGAAUGGGGUUGUCCCCAACUUUAAGUGUGACACACAGAAGAAUCUGAUAGCUGCCGUUGGAGGACUUGACUCUGAAACCUCCUUCUACAUGGCCACCAUCUUGGGCAUCUACAAGAUUCCACAGGUCUCUUAUUAUUUAUUUGGUCGUUCUCUGAGUUCUAAAGCCCAGUUUCCUUUCAUCUAUCGGGUGGUUCCCAAUGAAGAGUAUCAGUACACUGGAAUUAUACAACUACUUCUGCAUUUUGAGUGGACAUGGGUUGGGAUCAUCACACUGGAUGAUGAUAAAGGAGAAAUUUUUGUGUCGACCUUGGUGCCAAGACUAUUACAGAGUGACAUAUGUAUUGCAUUCACUGACAAGAUGCCUCCCCUGACGGACUUCUCUGAAAUGCAUGAAGUGUAUAUAAAGACAGAAAAUAUGCUUCAUCUUUUCAAGAACAACAACGCUAAAGCACUUGUUGUAUAUGCAGAAACUCACUCCACAUUGAGUUUGAAAUAUUUGCUAGUACAAGCAGAAGAUAUAGUACAGACUCUAGGCAGAGUGUGGAUUCUGACAGCCCAAUGGGACUUCCCAGCAUUACAGUUUCAUAGGAACUGGGACAUACAAGUCUUCCAGGGAGCCUUGUCCUUUGCCGUUCACUCCACUGAGGUACAGGAAUUCCAAAAAUUCCUUCCAACUUUAAAUCCCCACUCACUCCAGAAUGGAGACCAUUUUAUCAGAGAUUUUUGGGAGCAGGCUUUUGACUGUUCAUUUUCAGAUUUUCAUGUAGCUGGAGACAGUGAUGGAAGUUGCACUGGAAAGGAAAAGCUGGAGAGCCUUUCGGGACCAUUGUUUGAAAUGAGCAUGACUCCCCAAAGCUAUAGUAUUUACAAUGCUGUCUAUGUCAUAGCACAUGCUUUAGAUGCCAUGUACUCGUUGAAUCCCAAGCAUGGAGCAGUGACAGCACUUCCAAGCCCUCAACCAUGGCAGCUACAUACUUUCCUGAGGAGAAUCUCAUUUAACAACAGCGCUGGGGACCAGGUGGCUUUGGAUGAGAAAGGUGAAUUGGAAAGUGGAUUUGAUAUUAUAAAUUGGGUUACUUUCCCAAACAGAUCUUUCUCAAGGGUGAAAGUAGGAAGGAUGGAUCCAUGGACUUCUUCAGGCAGAGAAUUCAAGAUUAAUGAGGAUAUAAUCACAUGGCACAAUCUGUUUAACCAGAUGUCACCCUCUUCAGUGUGCAAUGAAAAAUGCACUCCUGGUUCUGUUAGAAAAAAGAAAGAUGGGAAACCAUUCUGUUGCUUUGAUUGUGAUCUAUGUCCAGAAGGGAUGAUUUCUGACCUCAAGGACAUGGACAACUGUAUCAAAUGCUCAGAAAAACAGUAUCCAAAUAAAGGCCAAGAUGGAUGCCUUCCAAAGGCUUUAAACUUUCUGGCUUAUGAUCAAGCCUUGAGCAUCGCUCUAACUUUCAUAGCACUUUCAUUUUCCAUGAUCACAGCUUUGGUACUAAGAAUAUUCAUUAAAUACCAGAACACUCCAAUUGUCAAAGCUAAUAAUCGAGGUCUUACAUUCACUCUGCUUAUCGCUCUCCUGCUCUGCUUCCUAUGUUCCUUGCUAUUCAUUGGCCAUCCUCAGGCAGUGACCUGCCUCCUCCGGCAGGUGGCUUUUGGCAUAAUCUUCUCUGUGGCUGUUUCUUCUGUGUUGGCAAAAACCAUCACUGUGGUUUUGGCAUUCAUGGCCACACAACCAGGAUCCAGGAUCAGGAACUGGGUGGGGAAAAGACUAGCAGCUUCUAUUGUUCUCCCCUGUUCUUUCAUUCAAGCUUUUAUUUGUACAGUUUGGCUCUGUACUGCUCCUCCAUUCCCAGAUUUGGACAUGAACUCAUUACCUGAAGAAAUUGUGGUUAAAUGUAAUGAAGGGUCUGUCCUUAUGUUUUACUGUGUGCUUGGCUACAUUGGAUUCCUGGCUGUAGUCAGCUUUGUUGUGGCUUUCUUUGCUAGGAACUUGCCCAGUGCUUUCAAUGAAGCCAAGUUCAUCACUUUCAGUAUGUUGGUGUUUUGCAGCGUGUGGGUCUCUUUUGUCCCCACUUACCUGAGUACAAAGGGAAAAUACAUGGUGGCUGUGGAGAUCUUCUCCAUCUUGACCUCUAGUGCUGGUUUAUUGGGUUGUAUAUUUUCUCCUAAAUGUUAUAUAAUUGUCCUCAAGCCUGAGCUAAACAGCAAGAAGCACCUAACACAGAGAAAUAUAUGA